AUGGGGACAAGGAAUCCAGGAAGAAAAGGAGGGAUAGAGAGAACCCCGCCCGGGGAAGCCCGGGGCCCCCGUCUGGAGCCAGGCCCAGACGGUGGGGCUCGUGAGCAGGCGUCUGGUGGCCGGUUUGCCACGGGAGCCCGGUCGGGCACAGCCCGAACAAGCGACGUGGAACCUCUCCCUCCACCCAUGGGCCCACCACCUCUGACAGAAGAUUUCUUUAAUUAUUACAACGUGCCGCUGGAGUCCUUGCACCUUCCCAACAAAUCUUGUCGUGCUCAAAGAGUGGUCCUGGACGGUGUGCCGUACUAUAUGUCCAGAACACCCAAAGACCAAUAUCUAACCUGCGGAGGCAAGCCACUGGAGAAGAACUUUACUCACGUCUUCUAUUCGAUGAGUCUAUUGUCUCAGGUUAUUGGAAACAUCAUUAGAGAUCCGGUUAUUAAGAUGGACUUCACAUGCCUCGAUUCAUACCUCAGAAGAGUCAGCCUGACGUUCCCAGCCUUACCCUCUUCCAGUGAGAUGGUGAUGCGUGUAGAUGAGCUUGAUGCCACGAUACAGAUGACGUUGUACACAGAUGACUCCUACUUAGACGCCUACAGCAGUGCCCCCACCAUAGAACUUGGAGACAAGGUGUGUGUCCAGGUGUAUGUGGAGCCUGCCGAUUUUUUCCUGCUAAGGGUUGGUGGGUGUUGGGCCACGCAGUCUCCUCAGCCCAACUCUACAGAGGGACAUGUUCACACACUGCUUCGGCACGGGUGUGUGGAUGACAAGACUGUGUCCUUUUUCAAAGUGAGCGCAGAACAGUCUGAACAAUGA